UGGUUUGUUUAAGGCUAAGUUAGUAGUACCUACUAUUCUAAGUGCUUCCACCUUUUUUUAGCAGUCUUUGUUUUCUGGUAUAUGGAUGAAAAUUAAGCAUCAAAUGAUCUAUAAAAGCUGUAACAUCAAAUAUUCAACUGUCAAUAUCAUAUUAAUUAAACUCUUUUAAUCAAUACCAGUUUGUCUUUAAAGCUGAGAUAUUUUCUAAACAAUCUAUCCAAUGAACAGCUGCAGUGCCUUGAACAAACUGCAUAAUUUUCAAUCAAUGUUGGAUAUAAGAUAGUCAUCUGUUUGAUAACAUGUCAAGGAAAUAUAGAUAUGAUAUUUAUGUUUAGGACUUAAGUUUCGAUCUGCGCUGCUAUAAGGUAAUAAUCUGAAGUUUUGAUUCAUUAUUCAUGUUACUAGGUUUUUUUAUAUAUACUUGUUUACUUAUCUUUUGGUCUGUUCAAAUGGACUAUCAGCAUUUCAAAGUCAAAAGCAAGUCGGUGAUCAAGGCUAAAGAAAUCUCCAAGGAUCGCAAAACACCACAAAGUCACACUAGCAAUUUGGCAAACGUUUGUCUAAUUGUUCUUUUGUGCAGAUCAUAAUGGUUGAGCUGCAAAUCAUCAGUGAUGUUGCUUCUUCCUCUAACUCUUCUUCUAUGGUGUCUUCAAAAAAAUAUGAAGUUUUUCUAAGCUUUCGUGGUGAGGACACCCGCAUGAACUUCACAAGCCAUCUUCAUGAAGCUUUGAAGAAAAAGGAAGUUGAAACCUUUAUAGACUAUGAGCUUAGAAAGGGAGAUGAAAUCUCACCGGCACUCAUCCAAGCCAUAGAAAAUUCUCUUGUAUCUAUUGUCAUCCUCUCACCAAACUAUGCUUCCUCAAAAUGGUGCUUGGAAGAACUCAGCAAGAUUUUAGAAUGUAGGAAAAAGCAAGGACAAAUGGUGAUACCUGUAUUUUACAACGUAGAUCCAUCCCAAGUGAGGAAGCAAACUGGAAGCUAUGAGCAAGCCUUUGCAAAACAUAAGGGAGAAUCCAAUUACAACAAAUGGAAAGCUGCUCUCAAUGAAAUAGCCAAUUUAGCUGGGUGGGACUCUCAAAAUAGGACUGAAUCAGAACUCCUUAAGGAAAUUGUUGGAGACGUUUUGCAAAAAUUGACUCCUACUUACCGAAACCAACUUAAAGGUCUGGUAGGAAUUGAGGACAAUUAUGAAGAAAUUGAAUCAUUACUGAAAAUUGAGUCAACUGAAGUUUGUGUUAAAGUCUCCUUCGUAAACCCAGCCGCCUCCUCGCAUUCCCAAUCCAUCUCCCCCAUUCACCAAACCCUAAACCUCAUGCUUUCCUCCAGCCUCGCCCCUGAUGCCGCCACCGUCGAUAUUGCCGUCUGCGCCGUCUGCGCCCUCCGCCUCCCGCCUCGACCUCGCCGUCCAAUUGCUCAAGGAAUUCGCCUCCCCAACACGCCCAUCUCCUACGAGCCCUCCUCCACUGCACCCGCCACAAAGACCUCCGUAAAGGUCGAGCCUUCCACGCUCUUAUCCUCAGAACCAGUUCCAUCUCCGCCACCUACCCUCGUCAACAUGUUCUUAGCCUCUACGCCAAGUUCGGCCACAUCGGCAAAGCCACCCUCGUGUUCCACACCAUCGCCCACAAAGACGUCGUCUCAUGGAACUCACUCAUCAACGCCUUCUCCCAGCAACAAUCCCACGCCACCUCUCUACACGUCGUGCGCCUCUUCCGUAGCAUGA